UUUGUUUGUUGCCCAUUUAGGUGUCUUUGGUAUGCUGCUUUUUUGUUUUUUGAUAUUAUGCGCAAUAUUGGGUCAUGCUUUGCUUUACUGUUUUUUUUUUUAUUGUGCCUCAAAUUAUUUCCAUUGCUGCAGUGCAGAGAUGCUUGUUGUGCUGAUCCUGCAGCGGAGCUUCCUCUCUAUUUGUACCUACUGCGAGAUUUUCACCGCAAGCUGAAUGAUUUUAGUUCUCCUUCAUCGAGCAAACAAUGUUCUACUGCAUAUCCAGAUAAGGCAUUGCCAGGCAUCUGCAAGAUGACAAGUUGUGAAUUUCUUUGCAAGAUAAAGCCAGUCUUUGGUAGUUUAAGAAAGCAUCUGUGUAGUGCAGUUUCUAUUCUUGGAGAUGGAUCCGAAGAUUGCCACGAUCAUUGGAAAUCUCAAUCAUGCUCUGCUGGAAACCCAGAUUUUUCAAAUCUGAUUGUGUCAGAAACCUCUAUUGCCAGUUCUGUAUUUAGAGAAGUACUUCGCUGUUACAGCAGGAUUUUAUCCCUUGACGGAUUAUACCAUCAGGAGAAUUUAGGAAUUCUCAAGGACUUGCUUGAAGCUUUCCAGUCAACUGAAGUACCGUGCAAUUUCUUUUCAGGGCUUCAACAACUUCCAACGCCUGGAAGCAUAGAUUACAUGUAUUGCGGUGUGUUCUCUUUUCUUGAGGGCAUUCUAGAAAAAUCAUUGUUAUCCUCAUUUUCGCUAGCAUCGGAAGUGGUUUUUACUCUGCAGUCACUGGUUAAUUCAAAGGCGGCUUUGAUCAAGUUUCAGGAAAAAAGGGGGAAGAACGUCCAUAUGGGAUGUUCCCAGAAUAUUCUUGAUACUCUAAGAAAUAAGCUCUCCACUUCUGCCCACAAGCUAUUACUAUAUGAUUGUAGUAGUCAGGAUGGUGAGACUGAAUGGAAGAGAAAUGUAAGACUGGGGGAAGUAAUACAAAAGAUAUUGCAGAUAUAUCUGACAAAUACCGAGUCUUCUUCUGACUUGCUAAAUGAGCUUGCAUGCUCAAUAUUGCCACAGGUUCCUUCGUGUAAAACAAGCAAUACACAAGAUGCUACACAUGGAUUUCCCACAUUGUGCCCACCCAUGUUUCUUACAUGGUAUAGGGUAUUGCACGAAGAGAACAUCAAUGUUUUAAGCAAGCUGGUCAAGGAAGUAAAGCUCAAGCAUGGAGCAACUACUCAAAUGGAGGUUGCUGGUAAAAUUUUGGUAAAGAUCCAACAAUCAGUUCAUGUGGUUGUUUCUUUAGUUAACCUGUGCAAGGUUCAUGACAAGGUAGCAAUGCAUGCCAUGGCAGUCAAAUAUGGAGGCAAGUAUGUUGACCUUUUCCUGAAAGCUUUUGAUUUCCUGCAAGCCCAGUUUCAGUCACACAAUGAAUUGAUAAUUCAAAUGUUCAAAGAAUUUCAGAAGGCAACAAGAGUUAUCCAGGCUCUGUGCUCUGAGGCGAAGGGAUCAAAACGUACGAUGGUUACCAGCAAGGUUCCGGCCACUAAGAGGUCCAUGGAGAAGUUCUUAUUCCAUGUCAAAGCUCUUCUUCAUAAUAACUCAUCAAGCGGUUGCACAUUUUGGAUGGGUAACUUGAAGCAUAAGAACCUAUACGGCCAGGUGGUGAGUUCUCAGUUGUAUAGCAAUGGAGACAACGAAGCUGAUCAACUAGAAGAUCCAGACCGGGAUGAGCUCGGUGAAUCAGUAGGUGAAUCAGUAGGUGAAUGUGAAGAGGAAGAUAAUGAUAAUUGAAUGAGCCACAUUGAAUCCAUUCCAUGAACUUCACCUCCAACUAAACAGAUGAGGAAACUGAUUCCAGACUGGGAAAUCCUUAUCUUCCUUCCUAGAUUAACAACUUCCAGACUUGUAGGAAUCAUACUAUAGGGAAGCCUGUGAGAUUCGUCUUUAUCUUCGUUUGGGACGGCUUUC